UCCUCGGGCGCCGUCCGCGGCUUCCACGUGGCCGCCGGCCCCUCCUCGCGGGUGGCGGCGUUUUUGGGGAUCCCUUACGCCGAGCCCCCCCUGGGACCCCUGCGCUUCUCCCCCCCUCGCCCCGCCCGGCCCUGGGGGGGGGUCCUGGACGCCUUCUCCCACCCCCACGCCUGCUUCCAGCCGGUCGACACCAUGUUCCCGGGAUUCGGCGGCUCCGAGAUGUGGAACCCCAACCGGGAGAUGAGCGAGGAUUGUUUGUACCUCAACAUUUGGGUGCCGGAGCCUCGGCCGGCGGCGCCGGCGCCGGUUCUGGUGUGGAUUUACGGGGGGGGUUUCUACAGCGGCGCCGCCUCGCUGGACGUGUACGACGGGCGCUUCUUGGCGGCGGCCGAGCGGGUUUUGGUGGUGUCCAUGAAUUACCGCGUGGGCGCUUUGGGUUUCUUGGCCUUACCGGGUCACCCCGAAGCUCCCGGCAACGUGGGCUUGUUGGACCAGCGCUUGGCGUUGCGUUGGGUCCAGGCCAACAUCGCGGCGUUCGGCGGCGACCCCGGCGCGGUGACGCUGUUCGGGGAGAGCGCCGGCGCCGCCUCGGUGGGGCUGCACCUUCUGUCGGGCGGCAGCCGCGGCCUGUUCCGCCGCGCCGUGCUGCAGAGCGGCUCUCCCAACGGGCCCUGGGCUACCGUGGGGGCCACCGAAGGCCGGCGGCGAGCGGCCAGGCUGGGCCGGCUGGUGGGCUGCGGCGGCGUGGGAGCCGCGGGGGCCGUGACCAACGAGACCGAGCUGCUGGGUUGCCUUCGCGCCGCGGCGCCGCCGCAGCUGGUGGAGCACGAGGCGGCCGUGCUGCCGCAGCAGGGCGUGUUCCGCUUCGCCUUCGUGCCCGUGGUGGACGGGGAGUUCUUGGCCGACACCCCCGAGGCGCUGCUGGGCGGCCCCGGCCGCGCCGAGGCCGAGGUGCUGCUGGGAGCCGUGCAGGACGAAGGCACCUAUUUCCUGGUGUACGGCGUGCCGGGCUUCGGCAAGGACAACGAGAGCCUGAUCAGCCGCGAGGAGUUCCUGGGCGGGGUGAGGCUGGGCGUGCCGCAGGCCAACGAGCUGGCGGCCGAGGCCGUGGUGCUGCAGUACACGGACUGGCUGGACCAGGACAACCCCGUGAAGAACCGCGAGGCGCUGGACGACAUCGUGGGCGACCACAACGUGGUUUGCCCGCUGAUGCACUUCGCCCAGCGCUGGGCCGAGCGCGGCGGCACCGUCUUCGCGUACCUGUUCGACCACCGCGCCUCCAACCUGCUGUGGCCGCCCUGGAUGGGCGUCCCCCACGGCUACGAGAUCGAGUUCGUGUUCGGGCAGCCCCUGAACCCCGGGCUCAACUACACGGCCGAGGAGGAGGAGCUGAGCCGGCGCAUCAUGAGAUACUGGGGCAACUUCGCCCGCACCGGGGACCCGAACGAGCCGUCGGAGCGGGAGCGGCGCUGGCCGUCGUACACGGCGGCGGCGCAGAGCUACGCCCGGCUCAACGCGCGGCCGCUCGCCGUGGCCCAGGGCCUGCGGGCCCAGGCCUGCGCCUUCUGGACCCGCUUCCUGCCCAAACUGCUCAACGUCACCGGUGAG